CUCUCUCCUUAUCCCCUUCUCACCCUUUCCCCUACCCCCUUGAUACACCCUUACUUCUCCCCUCUUCCCGGUUCACCCCUUCCCCCCAACACUAUGGUCCUGCUUUUUCAUCCCACACUCCAGGAACUCCCCUAAUCUCUAUAUCUCCCCCUUUAGCCACGACACUUGGUUUCUUCCCCUGGUUCUUCUCCAAACUGUUUUUUCUCAUCUUUUUUCUCUUCUCUCAUCUAAAGUAUUCUGUCAUCCCCCCACCCUACCCCAAUACUCUAUCUUGACAUUUUCUUUCUUUCUCCCAGCAUUCUUCCCUUCCCCUAGAUAUCUGUCUCUUCUCUCCCCCAUAUUUCUUAUGUUCAGUUCCUUAAUCGUUCCUCCAGUUUCUCCCUUUCUCUUCGUUCUUUUCUAUCAGUUCUGUCCCCUUUCCUAGUCUCCCCAUCUUUCCCUCCUCCUAGGGGAUUCCCCUUUAUUCUUCCUUGUAUUCUCACACCAGUUUCUAUACAAUACUUCCUCUCCCCCUCUCUUCCCCACCAAGACUCUCAUUCUCCAACUCUUUCCCACUUUCUUCUUUCAUCUCUUUGACAACACUCCCUUACUGCUCCAUCUCCUCCCCUCUAGUUCUCUUGCCCUACUGGGACCAUGGCUACUGUCCCAGACUGGAAGCUACAACUACUAGCCAGGCGAAGACAGGAGGAGGCUGCUGUUCGAGGCCGGGAGCAGGCUGAGAGGGACCGACUGGCCCAGAUGCCAGCCUGGAAACGGGGGCUGUUGGAGAGACGCCGUGCCAAGCUAGGUGUACCAGUGGGGGAACCAGGUCCUGGGAAUGAGGCUACAGAUGCAGCACCUCCUGAACCUGAUGAGCCUGUUGUCCUUCUGGAGGCCAUCGGACCUGUCCACCAAAAUCGCUUCAUCCGACAAGAGCGGAAACAGCAACAGCAGCAGCAACAGCAGCAGCAGGGUACCGAGGAGCAGCUCCCUGAUCGGAGGCCACCUGAGGGUCGAGGAUCUAUUUCAGGGAUAGUGGAAACCCCAGGGCAGAGACCCAGCCCAGCAGAAGCUCAGGAACAGAAUCCAGUGGGAAGAGCAUCAAGAGAGCAGAAGCUGAGCCUGGGAGAGGCUAGAGACAGGAGACUGGGUGUAGCAGACAAUCUAGAACAGAGCUAUAGGCCUGCAGAGGCUUUGGAAUGGAGGUUAAGCCCAAGGGAAACUGAGGAGAGGAGCUCAGGACUCUCAGAAUCAUGGAAAUGGAAGAAAAGCUCUGGGGAAACUCCAGAACGAAAUUUGAGUCCUGCAGAACCUCAAGAACAAACUUCUCAGGGAUCUGAAAUGGGAGAAUGUAGUCUGAGCCCAGGAGAUAACGGAGAACAGAGGCUAGGGAUGACAGAAACACAUAAAUGGAGGAUGAAUUCCAGAGAAACCCAUGAACAGAAUCGAGAGCUAUUAGAAGCUCGAGAAUGGAGGUUGACUGCAGGAGAAGAAAGUAAAAGGAGCUCAGGGGAAUCAGGGACAGAACAGAGACUAAUGCAGAGGAAAUCCAGGGACUCAGGACUUUUGGAGACACAAAGAUGUAGGCUAAGUCCUGGGGAAUUUCGAGAACAGAGCCCAGGGGUAAUGGAGGCAGUAGAAAUGAGAUUGAACCUAGGAGAAGAUGUAGGGAAGAGUUCUAGACAGAUGGAAGUACGGAAAUGGAGACUGAAUUCUGGGAAAGCUCGAGAAUGGAGCCCUGCAAGAUCAGAGGCUAGAGAACACAAGUCAGUGCAUUCAGACUUUGGAGAUCAGAAGUUGGGAUUGCCUGGGGUAGAGGCUGGAGAAGGGAGAACAGGGGCUGCUGAAGAGGAAGCUGGGGAUGAAGGCAGGAUGGUGAGCUCCCUUAGAAGCCACUACUUGGGGACCUCCCCCCUCCCACCCGAGGAAGUUGGGACCAAAGGCUCAGGGCCUCAGGAAGAGGAAGCAACAGAACCUCAGCCCUUACUAAAAGCCUCGGUAUCUCCCCAACCCCCUGCCCCACCAACUCCUCAACCCCCAGGGGACCCGCUGAUGAGUCGCCUGUUCUAUGGGGUGAAACCUGGGCCUGGGGUAGGGGGGCCCCGACGCAGUGGACACACCUUCACAGUUAACCCCAGGCGGUCUGGGGCCUCUGCAGCCUCUGCUCCACCUGAACCCCAGGUCCCUGGACCUGGGAAGAAGCGGUACCCCACUGCUGAGGAGAUACUGGUGCUUGGGGGCUACCUCCGUCUUAGCCGAAGCUGCCUUGCCAAGGGGUCCCCUGAGAGACACCACAAACAGCUCAAAAUUUCUUUUAAUGAGUCAGCCUUGGAGACCACCUAUCAGUAUCCUUCAGAGAGUUCUGUGCUGGAAGAGUUGGGCCCAGACCCUGAGGCCCUCAGUACUCCAGGCCCCCCUCCAUCACUGCCAGAUGAAGAGGACGAUGAGGAGGAGUUGCUGCUGCUGCAAAGGGAACUUCGGGGAGGACUACAAACCAAGGCCCUGCUAGUGGAUGAAUCCUGCCGCCGGUGACCUUUCCAACUGGGAGGGUAGAACUCCUUCCCACUCCUGAGUGCUGAAGAUUGAUCCUCCAUCCUUCCUAGAAAUUGCUGUACUGACAGACCCUGUGAGCUAUCGGGAAGGAGAAAUCCCAUGCACUUCCUUUUCCACCUCACCUUCCUGUGCUGUGUCAGGUGGAAGAGCCCAUCCCUGCUCUCCAACUCAUGAUCUUAGGUCCAGAUGGUUGUUCAAUGCAUCCUUGACAUUUUCUGUGAAAGGAGAGGGCCUCUGGCUUGCUGUCUCCUGGGAGCCAAAGAACCCAAGCCUCCUAAGGGAAGGGGGCAGAGCCUACUGAGUCAUGAGAGAGUAAAGCUUUCCUUCCAUCUGUCCACUGCUAACCCCACCGUGCCAGUACCCCACCCCACCCCAAGGCUGGUAAGUGCAGGCCACCCUGCCUUGACAAGUCCUGCCCUUAUUCCUUCCCUCUGUUUGUUUACAAGUUGUAUCUAUCCUCUUUGGGGGUUAAAGAUGCACUUUUUCCUCUGCCUGGGUCUCCACCCACUUGUGUUUACAGCUUCCACUUUCCCAAGCCUCACUCAGCCAAAGUCCCAGGUUUACAAACCACACCAUGGUUAUAUUACCAUAAUGCAGCCAAUGGGCGGUCCUCUCUCUUGCCUUCUACUGUGUGGAGCCUGGCUUUCUUUUUGAAUGUCUAGCCUCCCUAACCCUGCCUUGUUCAGUAUUAUUUUGGUCUUCCAAAAGGAGGAGGGGUGACCUCAAUCUUUUCCUCCCUUGUAGUUAACUAAUUCUUGUGUUUCUUCCAGUGACCCAGAAUUAAACUGUUGAGAAUAUGGGAGGGUCCUGAUGAGGUCCUACCUUGCAACUCCUUA